GUUACGUUAUAGGGAGUUUACCACAUGCGCAUAUCACAUGCACGUAGACACAAAAUACCUAGUUUCUCUCGUGAUCUGUUGCCCAGACACGCAUAUGCUCUGCAUUUCUCAUGGAUAUUGACCUGAAUUGGCAAAAAGCUCUGCAAAAAUGAAUGGAAAGGAUAAAAGGCGGGUAACGAAGUUCGGGGAUCAGGUGAAAAUCUUGGUUGACUCGCUGUCAACUCAGGACAAAUCUCGAACAAAAUGCGUCAAGAAAUUGUUUCGCGGCGUUACUCGCAACUCGAACCCAGAGGAGGCCGAGGCCGUGCAAUUGCUAUUGGGACGGGAUCACGAAUGGAGGAGACAUCAAGUUCAAGUUAUGAAGGCUUUGUCCAAAAUUGUCCGACUCAUGAUGAUAACAGAGGGUACAACGUUUCAUGAGAUGGAAUGGAAUGAGUUAAUGGAACUCUUCAUAAGCUGCCGUCUGUUUGAUGUUGUUAACCUCCUUCUUCGCAUAAAGGUCCCGCAGUCUGUGACGGAGGACGAUGCAAGCAGCGGCUUUGGAGACUCGUGGGAGUCGGUCUACUUCCACAGCUUGGAGAUUACCAGUAAUAUCAUAUCCAGCAGCUAUAUCUGCCGCACUGAAGACAUCACCAAGCCCUUCUUCGAUGAGGUCAUCAAGCACAAGUCGUUCUUGGAUGUGGUUGUCGGGUAUGCCAUGGAUACAAGUCGACCAAUCAUGACCUGCCACGCCCUCCACAUCCUGUCCUACUGUUGUCACAACAAUAUCCCAUCGGCUAAGAAACUCGGUAAGAAGAAAGACCUGUUUGGGAGACUCUGCGAGUACGUCAACAAGAACUUUGCCACCAAGCUGACCUCUGACUGGUUCAAGGGUGGAGUGGAGCAGUACGAGUUUGAUAUGAUGGGCGACAGGCCUCAGGGUCUGAUUCCUCUCUACUUCCAGGAAGCCUUCAAGGAGCACUCCAUGGAGGAGAUGACCAAAGAUGAACAGAGACAGUGUGUCAUGUCGUAUACUUACUGCAUGCACCUCUUCGGUCUGAAGCUUAUGGCGAUAUUGACCAUUGCAGAUGAUAAUGCCAGAGAUGUUGUAGUGAAAGAUCCUACUUUACUCAAGCCUUGUAUUCGCUGGUUGGAGGCACCCGUCACCAGUAAGUUUGCCUCUGCGGCACUCAAUGAGACUCUGCUCAUCCUCACGGGGUUGUGCAACAGCGAGGCUAUCUGCCACAAACUAAUCUCUACACACAACCUCAUACAACUAUUGGAAAGAGGAGUGUUUUACGGAACCUAUGAUCACGUCAGCAAUUUUUUUCAUCUCACAACAAAAAUCGCGUCACACGAGGGCAUGCUCCGAUCCAAAAUUGGCGCAGUCGAGAACAUUGCCCGAGCAGCCACAGUGCACAUGUACAGUCAUGCCCAUGAGCUACGCCUCUACAUGCUCACCUACCUGACAUACAUCGUAGAGACAGACGGUGUUCAUCACAUGAUCAAGUACUUUGGUCCUCAUCACAUCCACUACUACCCAUCAUACUACUUCAAUGAAGCAAGACAAAUAGACAUGAACGUAACAGACCUCCUGAAAGGCUACAAAUACUAUGCUGAAAGUGCAUACCGGCAUGCGGAUGGUCAAUUUCAACAGCGAAUGAAAACAAGCAACGGUCUGCACCAAGGCAGAGCUGAGACGCUGAAGGAAGAAGGGAACAAUGCUUUUUUAGGCAAGAACUACAAGGAAGCCAUAUCUAAAUACACAGAGGGCCUUGUUAUUUGCCCCCCACUCAAGAAAGAGAAACAGCUAAAAUCAUGGUAUGACCUACCUAUCACCCUGUACUGCAACCGAGCCCAAAGCCAUCUUAGUCUAGAACAAUACCAACAAGCUAUCAAGGACUGCGACAAAGCCAUCGCAAGGUGCAUUGGAGUGGCAGAUCCUACCAACAGAAUUGGCAAUGUUAGGAACAACACUUUAAUGAGAAAAGCCCUGUACCGCCGAUCUAGGGGACUCUUCUUUGUUAAAGAUUACUACCGGGCUCUUUGUGACAUCACACUAUGUCUAAUGGGGGAUGACACGGCUGACUAUUUCAUAUCACACAGAGACAAGGUGUUGAUCCAAUACCGGGAUAUGCAUGGCUUGGAACCCAUCCCGUCGUGCGACAUGUGCGGCUUGGGGAUAGGCAAGAAACUGAAGCGUUGCGCCAGGUGCACCGGACUCUACUGUUCCAGGGACUGUCAGCUUAAAGCAUGGGAGAAAUUCCACAAGAUUAACUGUCAAGAUUUCGUCAAAACCAGGAUUGACGGCUCCGACAGCGAUUAGUUAGUGAAUCGAGUGUUGUGCUUCGUGUAAGAGACUGCUUUGAGAAUUGGAAGCUUUGAGUAGGGGAUGUAUUCUACGAGAGAAGUCAUAAGAGAUUGUUCAAAACAAAUCCUGAAAAUGAGCCAUUCAUGACGACUUCCCGUUAUGGCAUUAAGCAAAGUAGGGGGGACUUAAAUACUUCUAGGGACACCGAGCUUCACUUGUAGGAUAAAGACAAGCUGUUCAGAGUUAAAGCCAACCAUCUUUGGUAGCUCUGGUACCAAGUCUAGGACAAAGUGGAUGGAACUGCAAUGCUCAACGGCAUCUCAAGUCUCGACUAUAAACAGGAUAGGCCUCACAAAGUCGGAUCUCAACUUCAUUUAAACAAAAUUUGACGACUCUAAAAAGGGAUUAGUACACGAGUCAAUUGUUUGCUUCAUGUGAGGGGAAUGUUUCAAGGACCAGGAGCUUUAAGUGUGGGAGAAUUCUACAAGGGAAGCUGUCAGGAAUUGAUCCACAACAAGUUGUGAGAACCAGCAGUUCAUAAGAAGUAGCAUUAAGCCAAGUAGGCAGGACUAUAAUGAUAUAUCGUGAUAAUGAGUUUCAAGUAUAGGAUAAAGACAAACUUCAGAGUCGACCCCAACCAUGUUUGGUAGCUACAAUAACAAGUCUUCAGAACGUUGAGACUUGUGCAAAGCAGGCAGAACUUUGAUUGCCGAGACGUAUGUCUAUUGAAAGCAGGGGAUAGUCAACCAUUUUCAUUUGUGGAAGGAAUUGCUUCAAGGACCUGGAGCUUGUGGGAGAAAUACUA